ACCCUCCCUCUCCCAGCAUAUCAUGGAUGCAGGAAGCUCCGUUGCCGGCUCCGGUGCGGGACUGAGGAUGUGGCUUCUGAGCAUCCUGCUGCUCUCGCUGUCCUCUGCAGCGUCGGCGGGCGCCGACUCAAAGGCUGUCACCACCACUCUCACUACCAAAUGGGCCGACACUCCCUUGCUGCUGGAGGCGAGUGAGUUCCUGGCAGAAGAGAGUCAGGAGAAAUUCUGGGACUUUGUGGAGGCCAAUCAAAACAUAGAAGGAGAACAUGACGACACGGAUCAGGCCUACUACGAGCUGAUCGUGAAGAAAGCCAGCGACUUGCUGAGCUCCGUCCAGCUGAACAUGCUGAAGUUCGCCCUCUCGCUGAGAGCCUAUUCCUCCACCGUGCACUCCUUUCAGCAGAUUGCUUCCACCGAGCCUCCGCCCUCCGGCUGCUCGGCUUUCCUCAGCGUCCAUGGAGUGAAGACGUGCGACGUCAAAAGCUUGGAUGCACUUUUAAAAACCGCAUCUGAAAGACCGAAGCCGUACCUCUUCAAAGGCGAUCACAAAUAUUCUCAGUCGAGUCCAGACGCUCCCGUCGUCAUUGUUUACGCUCAGGUCGGGACGCCAGAUUUCCAGACGCUCCACCAAACCGUGUCAUCCAAAGCCAGAGAAGGCCUGGUGACCUACGUGCUCCGUCACUACCUGGCUAGUUCAAGUGAAAAGAAAGUCUAUCUGUCUGGCUAUGGAGUGGAGCUGGCCAUCAAAAGCCAGGAGUACAAGGCGAAGGACGACACACAAGUCCAAGGGGCGGAGGUGAACGCUACGGUGAUCGGGGAGAAUGAUCCAGUGGACGAGGUCCAGGGAUUUCUCUUUGGCAAACUCAAGACCCUCUACCCAGAGCUGAAAGAGCAGCUGAAAGAGUUGAGGAAGCAUUUAGUAGAAAGCACCAAUGAAAUGGCACCUCUGAAAGUCUGGCAAAUGCAAGAUCUGAGUUUCCAGACGGCGGCUCGCAUCCUCGCCGCUCCCGCCGUUGAUGCCCUCAAUGUCAUGAAAGACCUCAGUCAGAACUUCCCCACCAAGGCCAGGUCCAUCACUAAAACGGUGGUCAAUGCCGAAAUCCGCAAAGAGAUUGGCGAAAACCAAAAGUAUUUCAAAGGAACUCUGGGACUGCAGCCUGGAGAUUCGGCCCUCUUCAUCAAUGGCCUGCAUAUUGAUCUGGACACACAGGACAUCUUCAGUGUGUUCGAGGUGCUGCGGAGUGAAGCCCGGGUGAUGGAGGGCCUGCGCUCUCUGCAGAUCGAGACGCCGUUCAUUCACGACAUCCUGAAGCUCAACGUUCAGCCGUCCGACUCCGACUACGCCGUAGACAUCCGCAACCCUGCAAUCAGUUGGAUUAACAACCUGGAGACGGACCACAGGUACAGCUCCUGGCCUUACAACGUGCAGGAGCUGCUCAGGCCAACGUUCCCCGGAGUCAUCAGGCAAAUCCGCAAGAACUUCCACAACAUGGUGAUCAUCCUGGAUCCGACCCAGGAACACGCUGCCGAGCUGCUGGGCGUCGCGGAGAUGUUUUACACCAACAACAUCCCUCUCAGGAUCGGGUUCGUGUUCGUGGUGUCCGACGACGACGACAUCGACGGCAUGCAGGACGCGGGCGUGGCGCUCGUGCGGGCGUACAACUACAUCACAGACGAGGUGGACAGCCAGAGCGCGUUCGAGUCCGUGCUGUCGAUGUUUAACCGCGUGCCGAUCGGUGGAAAGCUGAGCGUCGGGGACGUGGUUAAAGUCCUGGAGAAGAGGUUCCCCUACGUGGAAGUCAGCAGCGUCCUGGGAUCAGAUUCAAACUACGACAGCAACAGGAAGGAGGGACGGGCGUACUACGAGCAGACCGGGGUGGGCCCCCUGCCCGUCGUCAUGUAUAACGGAAUACCGUUCCAGCGCGAGCACCUCGACCCGGACGAGCUGGAGACGGUCACCAUGCAGAAGAUCCUGGAGACCACCUCCUUCUACCAGAGAGCCGUUUACCUGGGCGAGCUGGCCACGGACCACGACGUGGUGGACUUCAUCAUGAACCAGCCCAACGUCGUCCCCCGCAUCAACUCCCGGGUCCUGUCCACCAGCAGGACCUACCUGGACCUGUCCGACACCAACAACCACUUCAUAGACGACUACGCUCGCUUCUCGACCCUGGACACCAAGGAGAAGAGCACGGCUGUGGCCAACAGCAUGAACUACAUGACCAAGAAAGACGACGGCUACAUCCGUCCUGUGACUUUCUGGGUGGUGGGAGACUUCGACAGGCCCUCCGGACGCCAGCUCCUCUACGAUGCCAUCAGACACAUGAAAACCAGCAACAACGUCCGUCUGGGGAUGAUCAACAACCCGUCGGAGAGUCCGUCCUCCGAGACGAGCCGCGUGACGAGGGCGAUCUGGGCCGCCAUGCAGACGCAGACGGCCAACAACGCCAAAAACUUCAUCACCAAGAUGUCGAAGGAGGAGACGGCGACGGCCCUGGAGAAGGGAGACAACGUGGCGGACUUUGCCGUCGGGGGAAUGGAUCUGUCGCUCUUCAAAAGCGCCUAUGAGGGGCCCAAAUUUGACUUCCUGCUCUCCCACGCCGCGUACUGCCGAGACGUGCUCAAGCUGAAGAGAGGACAGAGAGCGGUGAUCAGCAACGGGAGAAUCAUCGGUCCGCUGGAGGAGGAGGAGGUGUUUAACCAGGACGACUUCCUGCUUCUGGAGAACAUCAUCCUGAAGACGUCCGGAGAGCGCAUCAGAGGCAAAGUGCAGCAGUUUGGGAUUGAGGAGGACAGGGCCAGCGACCUUGUGAUGAAGGUGGACGCUCUGCUCUCCUCGCAGCCCAAAGGCGAGGCCCGGGUGGAAUACGGCUUUGCAGAUGACCGCCACAGUGCUGUGAAGAUCCGUCCCAGGGAAGGCGACGUGUACUUCGACGUGGUUGCCGUGGUGGAUCCGGUCACCAGGGACGCUCAGAAACUCGCUCCGCUCCUAUUGGUCCUGAAGCAGCUGGUGAACGUCAACCUGCGGGUGUUCAUGAACUGCCAGUCCAAGCUGUCGGAAAUGCCUCUGAAGAGUUUUUACCGCUACGUGCUGGAGCCGGAGGUGGCGUUCCAGGCCGACGGCAGCUUCUCUCCGGGGCCGCUGGCCAAGUUCCUGGACAUGCCCCAGUCUCCGCUCUUCACCCUGAACCUGAACACCCCCGAGAGCUGGAUGGUGGAGUCGGUGCGCACCCGCUACGACCUGGACAACAUCUACCUGCAGGAGGUGGAGAACAUCGUGGCGGCGGAGUACGAGCUGGAGCACCUGCUGCUGGAGGGCCACUGCUUCGACGUCAGCUCCGGCCAGCCGCCGCGGGGCCUCCAGUUCACCCUGGGGACGGCCUCCGAGCCCGUCAUGGUGGACACCAUCGUCAUGGCCAAUUUAGGUUACUUCCAGCUCAAGGCCAACCCCGGCGCCUGGAUCCUGAAGCUGAGGAAAGGACGCUCCGACGAGAUCUACAAGAUUUACAGCCACGACGGCACGGACUCCCCCGCGGACUCGGACGACAUCGUCGUGGUGCUGAACAAUUUCAAGAGCCGGAUCAUUAAAGUCAAGGUCCAGAAGAAGCCGGACAAGUUCAACGAGGAGCUGCUGAGUGACGGGACGGAGGACAACGACACCGGCUUCUGGAAGUCUUUAGCCAGAGGAUUCACAGGCGGAGGGAAAGCAGAGGAGCCGAAGCAGGACAAGGACGACGUGAUCAACAUCUUCUCGGUGGCGUCGGGUCACCUGUACGAGCGGUUUCUCAGGAUUAUGAUGCUGUCGGUUCUGAAAAACACCAAAACUCCCGUCAAGUUCUGGUUCCUCAAGAACUACCUGUCCCCGACCUUCAAGGAGUUCAUCCCCCGCAUGGCCAGAGAGUACGGCUUCCAGUACGAGCUGGUCCAGUACAAGUGGCCGCGCUGGCUGCACCAGCAGACGGAGAAGCAGAGGAUCAUCUGGGGCUACAAGAUCCUCUUCCUGGACGUGCUCUUCCCCCUCGCCGUCGACAAGAUCCUGUUUGUGGACGCCGACCAGAUCGUGCGCACAGACCUGAAGGAGCUGCGGGACUUCGACCUGGAGGGGGCGCCGUACGGCUACACGCCGUUCUGCGAGAGCCGCCGGGAGAUGGACGGCUACCGCUUCUGGAAGUCGGGCUACUGGGCGAGCCACCUGGCGGGACGCAAGUACCACAUCAGCGCUCUGUACGUGGUCGACCUGAAGAAGUUCAGGAAAAUAGCAGCAGGAGAUCGACUCAGAGGACAGUACCAGGGGCUCAGCCAGGACCCCAACAGCCUGUCCAACCUGGACCAGGAUCUUCCCAACAACAUGAUCCACCAGGUGCCCAUAAAGUCCCUCCCUCAGGAGUGGCUCUGGUGUGAGACCUGGUGUGACGACAGCUCCAAGAAGAGCGCCAAGACCAUAGACCUGUGUAACAACCCGAUGACCAAGGAGCCCAAGCUGCAGGCCGCCGUGAGGAUCGUGUCCGAGUGGACCGACUACGACCAGGAGAUCAAGCGUCUGCAGACCCGGGUGCAGGACGAAGUGAGCCACACAGCGACAAGGACCAGCACAGACGGCCACACAGAGCUGUGAGGAUCCGCCGGGACGAGGAAGAGACGCCCUCUCCGCCCGGGACCGACGGCGUCCGUCCUGCUGUCCAUCUGUUUUCUAGGUUUCUGUCUGUGUGGGAGCAAAUAAUGAGAAUGUAUUUUUGUGAAGCGAGUCUUGAUUAUAAAUUGUACGGAUUUCCCAGAGAUGGACUUGAGUCUGUUAGUUUGCACUGAUCGGGGUUCUGGUUCUGGUUCUGGUCCUGGUUCUGGCUGUGGUUUAAAGCACAAAGCG